AUGGAAGUAACCCAUGAAACUCGUUUAGCCCCGCCCGGUCCAGUUUUGAGAAAUGGUUGUGGUGGUCUGAGUGCCGGCACCUCAUCAUCUCCUCCGGCCACAAAUAUUCCCGGCUAUCAUUACCAACAACCGAACCCCAACAAUGAAAAUUCUAUUUACAAUGAUGUUAUGGCAAUGUUCCAUAAAUGUUUCAGUUAUCAGAAACUACAAAAUUCAGUUUGGACCCUACCACCAGAAUCUACUGCUGGUGGAUUAUUUUCCGAAUAUUAUCAAUUGGAUAGCUUGCAACAGCUGAAAAUCAAGCUAAACGAUGUCAAGAGUAAACUCAAUGACUAUGUCAUUGAGGAAUGGUCACAGCAUACCAGACGCAAGGAUCCUGCUGGCGAGAUACCAUGGCGUUUGAAAUCUGAGAUGAAGGCGGAAUUUGUAACCAUUGCAUGGUGUAAACUAUUUGAGUGUUUAAAUAGAUUUCCCGAGUUGGUGAAAGGGCCACAGGUGAAUUCAUUGCAUUUAUGUGAGGCACCAGGAGCAUUUAUUGCGGCCCUUAAUCAUUAUAUCUAUACCAGAUUUAAGCCAGAUGAGGUUAAAUGGCAGUGGCUGGCCACCACCUUAAAUCCCUAUUACGAAGGUAACCCCGUAAAGAAAAUGAUUAUGGAUGAUCGUUUUAUGUUGUACACGCUGGAUAAUUGGUUAUUUCACAAGGAUUUCACCGGCAACAUUAUUAGCAGUGAAAAUGUCGAACAUAUGAAAGAGGAAUGUAAAAAACGUCUGGGUGAAGUCCAUUUGAUUACAGCCGACGGAUCAAUAGAUUGCAUCGAUGCCCCCGAUUGUCAAGAGGAAAAAGUGGAUCUCUUGCAUUUUGCUGAAAUUGUAACGGCAUUAGAAAUUCUAGCAAAUGGAGGCUCCUUUGUGGUGAAAAUGUUUACCCUCUUCGAAUCGACUUCGCUGUGUAAAUUAUAUUUAUUGAAUUGUGUCUUCCGAGAGGUGCAUGUCUUUAAACCCUGUACUUCGAAGCGUGGCAAUUCCGAGGUCUAUGUCAUUUGUUUGGACUAUCAGAAAAAUAAUGAGCAAUUACAAGAGAUAUUACCAAAAUUACGUGAGAAAUUAAAUGGGGAUUCCGCGCUGUUGCCUUUAUUUCCCAAAGCCUCGUUGCCAAGGGACUUUUUAAUGCAACACGAAAUAAUGUGUCGAUUUUUUAUGAACUGCCAAUCGCGAGCAAUUGAAUCAAAUAUCUAUUCAUUUGAAAUCAAACCCAGUAAGGCAAGUAUCAAGCGUCUACAGACCCUACGUACCUGGGUAUGUGAUGAAUAUUUUACACGCUACAAUGUCGUCAAACUUCCGGAAGAAUUAAAAAUCCUUUAUAAGUAUAAUGCAACCAUUGAUAAAAGUUACAAGACACAAAUCUAUCAUGGAUCUCAUUCAGAGCGGGAAAUGCUAAAGGGCAUAACAAUGGAGGAACAAAUCUUUCAAUUACGCAAACAAUUAAAUGAUUUGGAUAAAUCUCUAAAGGAAUCAUGGCAAACCUUUGAGGGCUUAGAACAAUCAUCGCCUGAGGCAAAGAAACCAAUUGCAAUUACCCUCUACAAAGGCCAACCCUUGGAGACAUUACACAGUUCCCUCUUUGCCAAUGUACAUUUGUUCGUCAUGCGUUCCAAAUUAAAUGAGUUACAUGCCACCGAUGUUCUCUGGCAUGGUGAACCACAAAUUCAAUUUCCCAACGACAACUACUCUCUGAAAUAUAAUGAUUUCAAUACUGCAUCCACAUUUUCGCAACAACAGGAAUUGUUCUUUAAAUCUUUUCUGGAAAAUCUUCUCAAACACAAACCCAAUAUUAUCGUUUCCGGCCAAUACAACUACUGUGUGGAAUUUUUGGAACCAAUGGUAUUUGUUGAAUGUGAUGAUCACCCCGAUCAUUUCCUCUAUAAAACUGUAGAUAUCAGUGAUCUUUCGAUCCAGCACAGCAGCGAAGGUGAUUUAAUCGUUAAAGGACCAAUUAAAUUUAUUAAAACACUACCAGAGAAUUUACCGCAAAUCCUUGAUAUGGACAUAUCGGAAGAAAUUGCAGUUAACGUACCAAUGCCCAAUGUCGAUGGAGAAUACAAAAGCCGCAUAGAACUGGGAACACAAGACGAUGAAUUUUAUAUGUGUUUAGAUGUAUAUCUUGUUGCCGGCCAAUACCAUUACUGCGUGGAAUUUUUGGAACCUAUGGUAUUUGUGGAAUGUGACGAUCAGCCAGAUCAUUUCCUUUAUAAAGUUGUAGAUUUAACCGAUCUAUCGAUCCAGCACAGCAGUGAAGGUGAUCUAAUCGUUAAAGGACCUAUUAAAUUUAUUCAAACACUUCCUGAGAAUUUACCGGUUCAAAUUGAAACAUUCAAAAAAGAAAGGGGUGCCUGGCAACCGACCGUUUUCACUACGAAGAGAGAAGAUGUGUGUAUAGCCGCAUUUGAUGACAGUGAAAUGUGGUCUAUAUAUUGGGAAAAUGUACCAGAGGAACAAAAGACCUGUCCAUUUACAGAGGGGGUAAAAAUGUGCAAAAUGUUUAAUCACAACUGGUUUUAUAUACUCCAUAUUUUUGUAGCAAAUCCUUGA